AUUAAUUAAGCCUUUAUUUAUUAUUAGUCCAAAAGUAUUCCCCUACCCAUCCAAACGACACGCCGCAAAUGAGCUCCCCUACUGCCCGAUCGUCGUGAUUCUGUGGUGGCUUGGGGCUUGACCCCAAUCGCUCUGUCUAUUCGGGUUAUCGGGUCGGUUCACUCCAAAUGGAUCCUCAAAUGCAGAAUGGCGAUGUCGUCGAUGUAUCCGCCGCUUGUGAUGCCGGUGGAACGAAACAUGAAGACGAUCAUGAAAAGAAGAAGACGGCGGUUUCUAGGUCGGUGGUGGACACUUCUGCUCCGUUCGGGUCAGUUAAAGAGGCUACCACCAGAUUCGGCGGAAUCGGGUUCUGGAGGCCCACCACACACAACCCGUACGGCCGUGAGCCCGAGUAGGUUACCAGUGAGGUUGACAUUGCCAAAAUGGAGAAGCAAGCUGCUCAGUUAAAAAGUGAUUUGAUUCUUAAAGAAAGGGAAACGCUUUCUGCUCUAGAAGAACUAGAAACCACCAUGAAUACCGUGGUGGAACUAAAAGCAAAGCUCCAGCACGCGGAUCUUCUUGUUGCCGGGAUUAAUGAUGGUGGUACCAGUAGUUUGAUUAUGUUCCCAUCAUCAACCCCCGGACUCAUCUUAUUGGAAUUGAAACAAGCCAAACUAAACUUAAUCAAGACAACACAUGAUCUCGUGGGCAUCCGAACUGCAAUUGAAUCUUACAAGGCAAGAAUAGAGAAAGAGAGGAUCUUGCUUGACAAGACCAAGAAAAGGCUCGUUUUGAGUUCCAUGAAAGUCAUGUCCCUCAAGGAAGAGGUGAGUGAAACGAACCAAAAAGUCAAAGAUUGUGAUAAUGACCCGCUUCACGCCACAUGGGAGAUUCAGAAGCUGAGUUCAGAGGCUGAACAUCUCAAGAAGGUUCUAGAAGCGACAAAAUCAGAGGUUCUUAAGGCUAUGUGUGAGAUUGAACAGACAAAGUCAAAGAUUAAGACUGCCGAGAGCAGAUUGGUUGCAGCUAAAAAGAUUAAAGAAGCUUCUAGGGCCACUGAGGCUUUUGUUCGUGCCGAAAUCAAUGCCUUAAAGAGCAAUGAGAUGAAACCAGAGGAAGGAAUAAACCUUACAGUCGAGGAAUACACUUCAUUGACCAGAAAAGCUCAAUAUGCAGAGGAAACACUUAAGAGGAGAGUUGUUAGUACCGAACUUCAAGUUGAUGAAGCCAAUGUCUCGAAAACAGAAACAUUAACCCAAGUUGAGAAAGUCACAGAGGAGCUUAUGUUAAGAAAGGCUGCGUUAGAAGAGGCACUUAGCCGAGUUGAGGCUGCCAAUCGCGCUAAGUUAGAAGUUGAGGAGGCUAUGCGCAAAUGGAGAUCUGACCAAGGUCAAACAAAGUCUUCUGUGAAAAACCCAACCAAAUUCAAGAACUCUAGUAAGGGUCUUCCUCUUGUCGAUGGCAAUGACCCACCACCAACUGUUUUUCAGUCGACAUUAUCAAUAGGACAGAUAUUAAGUAGAAAACUGCAUUCCUGGGAAUCAUCGGUGUGCGUAGAGAAGAGCAGCGGAAAACAGAAAGGGUCAAUUUCCCAAAUGUUUUGCAAGUCAGGCAGUGUGUUGAAUUUGAGAGAUGGACAAGAGAAUGCACGUAAAGAUGUUACUCCGAAGGAAAAAAAGAAGCUUGGCCGCUUCUUUCGAGUCUCAAUUGUGAGUAAACAAGGCAAGAAGGUGACACCGAAAUUCAGUGUCACCUAGUCUCAUGCUAUCUACAUUGGUACUUGAGAACCUCUUCUGCUAAAGAUAUAUCUUCAGUGCUUCAUCUGAAGAGAAACAAAGUGCUUCAUUAGCACUUCUAAAUGCAAAUUGUCCUAUUUCACCAUCACCAACCAGCAUCUAUUGUUAAAAAUAGGGAGUAGAUUCUAUUUAUUGAUGCAAUGUCUGUGUUUUAGAAAGAGCGGGUAAUGACCCGUCAUGCUGAUGGAUUUUUGCCACCAAGAUUACUUCAGCUGCUGCUCAGAGUUUUUUCACCAAGAUUACAUCCGUUUUUAACCCUUUGUAAUAUUUUUCUGUCAAUAUGAUGUCCUGUACACUACCCCCAUCACAAAGUUAGUUAUUCUUGCAAUUAACUUAAAACACUCUUAAUCUCUUAUUUUAU